UUUCAUAACACAAAACAAUAUCUGCUGUUCAGCCCAUAAGUGCUGUUAUUACAAAAAAGGAAGUAAUUUACAAUAGAAACGGUCACAGUUAAACUUCGCUUUUUGAACAUCGCAGACUAGAUGAUCACGUACAUGCUGCAUACAAUCCUGGCGAGCUGACAUUCUGACGAGCGCUAAGAUUUGCUGAAUGGUUUUGCUUCACUCUUCCGUGUUCCGUGUUAAAGUACUGCAGUGAUCGUAUGAUCUCAAUGAAAAUGGCAAUACUCUCACACGUUUACUUGCUGUGUAUAUUUAUUGUAGCGGGCACAGCCGACGAGUUAAUUUUUCGAAACGUUCACUUCAAUUUUGCAAAGGCUGUCGGCUUUUCGUGGUCAAACUGUGGCGGAGACAAAGACCCGGCUGUCAUGAAGACGAUGUCCUUGUCACCGGACCCCAUCGUUAUUCCGGGUGACUUGAAGGCAAGCGCAGCUGGCAGCACUGCUGUGACGCUCAGCUCGCCGCUCUCUGUUAAUGUUACUCUUCACAAAGAGGUUGCUGGAUUUUGGGUGAAGGUGCCUUGUGUGGAACAGAUUGGUAGCUGUGACUACGAAGAUGUCUGCCAGCUUCUUGACACCUUGAUACCACCUGGACAGGACUGUCCUGAACCACUUCACACCUAUAGUAUUCCUUGCCAUUGCCCAUUCAAAUCGGGGGACUAUACCUUACCAGAAGCAAACUUCUAUCUUCCUCAGGUUGACCUUCCUUACUGGUUAACAAAUGGAAAUUAUGAAAUCGUUGGAGUCCUUGGCAACAACGGACAACAGCUGGGCUGCCUUAAAGUCACCCUGUCUAUUCACACUGCCUAAUGGAUUACAAUUUAGGCAGUACUAAAGAUCAGAGCAUUUCCUCUCUACAUUCUGUCUUUUAUGUCAAAACCUUUUAAAUACAUUUGGUAACUUUUAAAAUCUUAUCACCAGCAUGGGCUGCUAAGGCAGCACUUUAUCUUGGCUAAUAAUAUUUCAUUUUAAAAUAUACAAAUAAUAAUUACUGUAGUUAAGUCAUUGAUCAAAAUGAGAAAAACGCAUACUGGGUUGAGCUCUUCGCUUUUUCUACUCUAAAUUUUCUCAUUGUUUGACAAUUAUGUGCAAAGUGAACAAGCAAUAUAAAAAAUGUAAGAAAUCAGCACACGAUGCUUAGUCCUACAGUUAGGCCCAAGGCCAGCUAGCCUAACAAAUUCAUACGUAGUUACUGUCAAUAUAGUUAGUGCAACUGUACACAUCCAGGAGGACAGCUAAGAAGUAGAAAGCCUAAGCAGUCUCAAGAUGCGUUGUAAAGAGGUGAAUUUGUAAGUGGUGCCUGAACAUCUUUAGCCUUGGUGUAGCUCAGAUGGUCAUGCAAAGGACAUUCAACUGCUUGGGAGCAAGGAUUGAGAAACAUUAUGCAUUUCUUUACAUUGGAAAGGUAAGUAAGGGAAGAAAGACACAAAAUCUAACAUGAUGUAAAGGGUGAACAAUUUUGUGCAUUUACAAGUUUAGAAUUUUUUUGGAAUCUAAACUUUGAAAGUUCACAACCUUUUCUCAUUGGCUGUAAAACUAGUACCUUUGCUCAUAUUCUACGUACAUUAUAUGUACAGAUGUUGGUAGAAUUACAAAUAUCCAGCGUCACUCUCCCUACAAAUAGCUCUUAAAAUUAAGGCCAUUUGUAAUGGGUGUGGUAGCAGCAUGUGAUUAAUGAGGACAUACGAGAGACUUUCAAAAAGUUUCCACCCUCUUUUUUAACUCUAUUUAUUAAGAAAUCAAAAACAAAUUGCAUCCCUUUUUCUUCAUAUUGACCUUUGUUUGCG